GACCAUUUUGCUGCCAUAGGGCUGUUCUGCCGCGCGUCCAACACCCGUGUCCAUCCGGACAAGAGCAAGGCCAUGGGCCUUGGCAGGUUUGCGCACCUGACGGGCCCUUGCCCACACACGGGGGUGCCGUUUACCACUGGCGCCGUGACGCACCUGGGUGUGCCCCUGUCGUGGGACUCGGAUGCGGCUGCAGCUGACUUGUACACCCGGCGGGCUCGCGGCAUGGCGUUUGUGGCGCGUCUGUGGGCUGCCCUGUCUCUGACUCUCGUUGGCCGUGUGCACAUUGCAAAGCAGGUGCUGGCGGCAAAGCUGGCCUACCACUUCAGCUUCCUCAACCCGUCGCCUGCGCAGCUGAAGGAACUCACCGACCUGGUGGACCACUUUGCUGCGCCCUCCAUGCACGCUGAGGACGCCAGCCUGGUGUCGCAUGGGAACCCGCUCCUGCUGCCCAAGCGGGAAACGGCCUGUCUGCCGUACAAGGAUGGGGGUGUCAACCACGUCGACCUGCCUGCAUUCCUGUCUGCCGUGCAAGCUAAGACUUUCGCCCUCCUUGCCCAGCCAGGCCGGCAACCCUGGAAGACGCUCACCCGGGCGCUGCUUACCCAUUCGGCCACGAGCGUUGCGCCCCAGGCAGCGGCGCCGCCAGUGACGGACGCGGGCUUCAUGCUGGGGGACCGCAUGGGUAUGUGGGCCUCAGGCCCGCGGGGGGCGGGCGCGCUGCUGUGGAGCACUUUGCGGGCCACCUUCUUGUACGCCGUCUGGUGUGCGUACUGGUCCCGCGACCCUGCUAAGCAGACGUCGGAGCAUGUGGUUCGGGAGGUGCUUCUCACCGCGCAGCUCAAGGCGGCUAAGCUGGAGCACUUUGUUGCCAUCUGGACGCAUCCACCGCAGCCAGCCACUCAGCCGCCAGCGGCGCCGCCACAGUGGCGGGUUAGCCUGGACCAGCUGUGGGUGGCUAAUGCUGCGGGGGCUGUGUCCUACGUCCACUACACGGGGCGGCUCUUGGAGCCUGGACCUGGCGUGCUGCCCCCGGCGGUGGAUGGGGCGUGGCAGCCUGCCUGUGUGCUGCAGCAUCGCAAGCCGCGGCACCUGUGGACCUUUGAAGAGCGGGCGGCGUACGAUGCAGCAUCACCAGGGGACCGGGCGGGGGCGUGGCCUCGGGCGCCGUACUUCCUGGCGCCGGAGGCUGGGGUGGUGGUGCACCCGGAGAACUGCCGGAUUGCGGGUGUCAGCUUAGCGGACUACACGGUGCGGGACGUGCGGCGGGCCAUCACCGCGGCUAACCCGGCCGCACCUCCGGCUCCGGCCCGCCCCGCAGCCAUGCCGUGCCCGGCGCCAGCACAGCAGGCGGGGGGUUCGGGGACCCAGCCGGCGGCACAGUCGCGGCUGGCGGAGCGGGAGGCGGAGUGGCAGCGUGCAGCGGCGCAGCUGACCACCACGGCGGCGCAGCACUUCAACAAUAACCCGGUGGCUCUGGACCCCUGGCUCCACCGCACCUCUGCGGCAGCCGGGCUGCAGAACACGCCGGCGAGAGAACUGCAGUCGUAUGCGUCCCCGUUCCAGCACUCGGGUGAGGGGCCGCGGCGUUCCGCGCGGCUGCAGGAGCAGGCGGCGGGCGGGGCGGGACCUAGCACGGGGCCUGCCACGGCGGCGGCGGCAGCAGCGGCGGCGGUGGAGGGCGACCCUCGCAUGCCGCCCCCGGAUGCGUCCCUUCUGCGGGCUUCUCACCGCGCAGCUCAAGGCGGCUAAGCUGGAGCACUUUGUUGCCAUCUGGACGGCGGGUGGCGCGCUUUGUGAAGUGGAGGAGGUUCAGGUAGUUCAGGGUGGGUCACCGAAGUUGAACUUGCGGCUGACGCUUGCAUCACCUGUGCAGGCCCCCUAGUUUUCCUUUUGGGCGGCGUUUCUUUCCAAGCGCUGGCGUGGUGUACUAUCGUCAUCAGCUGA